AUAUUUUCAACUUCAGUAUUUUGAUAUUAACUUAUACUAAAUCACAGAAUUGUAGUAUUUUAUAGCAAACUAUGUAUCCCAAAUUUGAUAUUUGUGUAGAGCAUCCUCUUGGCAUAUUGUGUAAAUGUACGGACUAUCAAGAAAUAGUAAAUAAAUUCGGAUCUUAUGGCAUUGGUACAGAACACUAUUUACUACCUAAGGUGAAUGUAGAAUCAAUUGCUUCGGCAAAAGUUUUGUGGAUAAAAAACUCUAUCAGAUUAGGUGGAGAUUUCUCUAAACCAUUACUUCUUUAUCCUCGAGAACAACCAAAUAUUAAUACUUCUAAUGUAGAUAAAAUGUGGAUACCUAUCAUGCCAGACUUAAUACCUUUGAAAUUUAUAUUCCGUAAACUUUAAACUUCUGAAACUACAUUGUAUAUUUGAAGAAAAUAUGCAAAUUGAUUUAAAAAAUACAUCCUUAAAUUGUCUUCAUCUUAUAUUUCAAUAUCUUGUCAAAAAAUUUUAUUGCACCAUAAAUCUUUUUACAUAUUUUUUUUUGCAACAUAAUAUCACUAUAUAUAUACAUGUACCAUAUGUACAUACAUACAAAUACAGACACAUUCACAUAAAUUACAAACUGAAAUUAUAUCUUGUUCCUAUUAUAAGAAUUUAAGAUACAACAUCAAUUACUUUUAAUCGUAAAAAAUUUGUAAGUUCUUAAAAAUCUUUAUAACAGUACUAUAUCUUUGUUAUUUAAAAAUGUAUGUUUCAACAAUAAUAAAAUCAAAUGACAUAAGAAUGAUUGAAUAGCUUGCUACACGUAUCAUUUGUACUCUACAAAACUUUUUGUUACUUUAGAUAUAUUAUUAUCAUACCUAUCACCAUCAUGUUAUAAAUAUAUAAUAAAAAUAAUAUAUCUUAAUUACCACUGUCUAAAUGGUAUAUGUCUGAUUUCUCUUAAUAUAUAAGUAGCUGUAAUGUGUAUAAGAGUUUAGAGUACUUAUAU